AUGGCACCCCAGCCCGAGUCCUCCAAUAAUGCCCCCAAUCAAGACCAUCCCGAUGCACCCCUGCCGAUCGAGCAAUACAGUGAUGAUGAAACCCGGUCCUUAGUAACCUAUGAGCCAUAUCCGAUCGAAGACGAUGAGACCGAAGUUGCGGCAGCCGCAUCGCGGCCUCGUCACGCAGCGCAUGCAAAGUUGCGCCUAUUCUGGUUGAAGAAUAAAGGCAUGUUCCUCGUGCUAUUAGCGCAGAUGUUUGGCGCCUCAAUGAAUGUCAUGACACAAUUAUUGGAGAUCAAUAGCUCUAUGCAUCCAUUCCAGAUCCUAUUCGCCCGCAUGUCCAUCACCGCAGUAGCCAGUUACCUCUACAUGUGGUACGCUCGUGUGCCCGCCCCCUUCGGCACACGGCCUGUCUUAUUUCUACUUAUCACGCGUGCCACUUUUGGCUUCUUAGGCGUCUAUGGGAUGUACUACUCAGUCGGAUACCUUCCUCUAGCCGAAGCCACGGUGAUCACUUUCCUAGCCCCGAUAAUGACCUGCUACGCCUGCUCGCUCCUGAUCCCCGGCGAGACGUUCUCAACCCGGCAACAGCUCGCCGCCCUCGUCUCCCUCGGAGGCGUCAUCCUGAUCGCGCAGCCAUUCCGCAAGCGCGAAGGCGGCAACGGGGACAGUCCCGGGUCGGCAGACUCGUACCACCACGUUCUCGCGACGAUCGUCGCGUUUGCAGGGGUGAUCGGAGCGGCAGGCGCAUACACGUCCAUCCGGAUGAUCGGGCGACGUGCGCACCCCCUUGUCUCCGUGACGUACUUUUCCAGUGUGACGACGAUCAUCUCGCUUGUCGCGAUGGCGGCCGUGCCAGGGGUUCCAUUCCGGUUACCUAGUAACACACUGGAGUGGUCGUUCAUGGUCGGGCUGGGUGUUUGUGGGUUUCUCUUGCAAUUCCUUUUGACAGCGGGUCUGUCGUAUGUGCCACCGGCCGAGGUGUCGGUUAGUAAAGCUGGGCAGGGAUCCCGGGCGACGAGCAUGGUAUAUACGCAGGUUGUGUUUGCACUUUUCUACGAUAAGGUGAUCUGGGGGACGACGCUGUCCCUUGUGAGUGCGGCGGGGUCGGUGCUCAUCCUUGCGUGUGCGAUUUAUGUAGCAGUUGUGCAGGAAGGUCGAUCGGAGCCGAAGCCGAACCCAGAAGAAGGUGUUGAUCAGCCGCGCUACAAGGAUGCUGACGAAGAGGCUUGA